AUUCAAAUUCAGAAUCUUCUCAGUUACAUCCAGCAUAAGUUACAUCUCCUCUCAAGAUGGCCUACAGCUGCUGCUCUGGAAACUUCUCCUCCCGCUCCCUUAGGAGCUGCCUGCCCUCCUCAGGAUCCUGCCGUGGCUCUUCCUACCCCAGCAACCUGGUCUACACCACUACCAGCUGCUCUCCCAGCACCUGCCAGCUGAGCUCCUCUGUGCGCAGUGGCUGCCAGGAGAGCUGCAUUGAGCCCAUCCGCUGCCAGGAGAGCUGCAUUGAGCCCAUCCGCUGCCAGGAGACCUACAUUGAGCCCAUCCGCUGCCAGGAGAGCUGCAUUGAGCCCAUCCGCUGCCAGAGGUCCUGUGUGGUGCCCAGUCCCUGCCAGAAGCCCUGCUACUACCCCAGGAGCUCCACACCCUGCCGUCCCUGCCAGGGCACAUAUGCUGGCUCUCUGGGCUUUGGGUCCAGAAGCUGUAGUUCCCUGGCCUAUGGUUCUAGAAGCUGCUACCCAGUGGGAUGUGGAUCCAGUGGCUUCAGAUCCCUGGAUUGUGGAGUCUAUGGCUUCCCUUCCCUGAGUUAUGGGUCCAGAUUCUACUACCCAGUGUAUGUGGCUUCUACAGGAUUUCAACCUUCUUGUUAUAGAUCAGUCUGUGGUACUGGCUUCUAGAAAUUAAAGUUAACUCUCUGUAUUCUUACAAUAUCAAAAUCAAAUUCUCUAUGUUCCAUAGACAUGUUCACUAUUCAUCGUCUAUAAUUUUCCUUUCCUCUUUCCAGUAACAAUUUUUUCCUCUUCUACUUGUUAGAAUCUUAAUGUGUAAUCCCUAGUAUGCCUCAAAUAUUAUGCUAUUGAAGUAUCUAUAUCUAAAUCUAAAUCUAUAUCUAUAUCUAUAUCAUCUAUAUCUAUAUUUAUCUAUCUAUCUAUCCAUAUAUAUAUAUAUAUAUAUAUAUAUAUAUAUAUCAGCUAUUUAGUGUUUAUUCAAACCUAUUUGAAAACUGAAAUUUUAUUCCAAUAAAUUUGUGCAAUCUGAAGCCUC